GCUUGUUCCUUUUUACAUCUCCUCCUCCUCCCUGCCUCAUCCUCUCUCUUUCGUUCUGUUCCUGUCUUUCUCGUUGACGUUCCUUGGACAGGUACAUCAACAUGGACAUGAAAAUGAAUGACUGGAGCCAGAAUGACAGAUCAGCCUCUUCGGUAAAGCCAGACCUUAACCUGUAAAGACAGACAGGCUGAGACAAAGUGAGACAGACAGGGUUGGAGAGACAGUGAGUACAGGAAGAUGGAGGAGAGGAGGGAGGAUGUUUCGGGGGCUUCAGGGGCCAACGCAUCCCUCUCGCCGGCAACCCUGAGUCCAGCCGUGCCUCCUUAUGUGAAGCUGGGCUUAACGGUGGCCUACACAGCCUUCUACUCUCUGCUGUUUGCUUUUGUUUAUGCUCAGCUCUGGCUGGUUCUGCGUUACAGGCACAAGCGUUUUAGCUAUAAGACGGCGUUCCUGUUCCUGUGCUUGCUCUGGGCGGCUCUACGUGCUCUUCUUUUCUCUUUCUACUUCAGGGACUGUGUGACGGCCAAUGCUCUCGGCCCCUUCGCCUUCUGGCUGCUCUACUGCUUCCCAGUGUGCCUCCAGUUCUUCACGCUCAGCCUGAUGAACCUCUACUGUGCACAGGUUUUCUUCAAGGCCAAAUCCAAGUAUUCACCUCAUCUUCUUAAAUACAAGUUUCCUCUGUACCUGCUGUUCGUAGGCGCCAGUCUUCUCUUCCUCCUGGUUAAUCUGGCUUGUGCUUUGCUGGUUAAGAUGACAGACGCUCAGGUGAAGACCAUCGUCCUGGUCCGCGUCACCAUUAACGACUCUCUUUUCGUGCUCUGCGCCAUCUCUCUCUCCGUCUGCCUCUAUAAGGUGGCUAAGAUGUCCCUGGCCAGCAUCUACCUGGAGUCCAAGGGGACGUCAGUAUGUCAGGUGACCCUGAUUGGUAUAAUGGUGAUCCUCCUGUAUACAUCACGAGCCUGCUACAACCUUGUCGUUCUGGCUCUGAGUGACAUCAAAACCAUUAAUUCGUUUGAUUACGACUGGUACAAUGUCUCAGACCAGGCAGACCUGAGGUCCAAUCUGGGUGAUGCUGGGUAUGUGGUGUUUGGGGUGAUUCUGUUUGUUUGGGAGCUUUUGCCCACCUCGCUGGUGGUCUUCUUCUUCAGGGUUCGCAAGCCAGCACAGGACAGGACUGCAUCUGCAAUACCGAGUCACGUCUUCUCCACCAAGCGCUACUUCUUCGACAAUCCCAGACGGUAUGAUAGUGACGAUGAUCUGGCGUGGGGUUCAUAUCCGCAGAAUUCCUCCACAAGUUUAUCCUCAGACUGCCACGACUGGGGGAGCCGAAGCAGCAGCUUCCUCAUCCACCUGGGAGGAGAGAAUCCGCGAUCGUCUCCGGCGACACAGAGUCUGAACCACUAGCGCUGCAGCACUGAACCCGGCUUUGUGUGAAUGAAGCUGACCGAUGCACUGCACUUUACCAACGUUAGCACCCGCGUAUACAGUUCGUCUCCUGUACUGCACACUAACACAUCACAGCCUGACAGUCAGUCGAGUACGUCAAACAACAGGUUACUGUGGUAAUAACUGCUAAAUGCUUCAAUAGAGAACGUGGUCAUCAUAUCUAGAUAAUGCAUGAGUGCCAUGGUAAUCUUUGCUAGGUGAUGCAUCAGUUGCCAUAGUAAUCUCUGCUGAGCAAAGCAUUAGUUUCCAUGGUAAUGGUGCAUGAGUUUACAAGAUGAUCACUACUAACUGAUGUAUUUGUAACCAUGGUAAUCUCUGCUAGAUGAGGCACUAGUUGCCAUGGUAAUUUCUGAUAGGUGGUAAAUUAGUUAUCAGUAACCAUGGUAAUCUCUGCUAGAUGAUGCGUUAGUUGCCAUGGUAAUUACUGCUAGGUGGUAAAUUAGUUAUCAGUAACCAUGGUAAUCUCUGCUAGAUGAGGCAUUUGUUGCCAUGGUAAUUUCUACUAGGUGGUGAGUGAAUUAGUUAUCAGUCACCCUGGUAAUCUCCGCUGGAUUAUCCAUUUGUUGCCAUGGUAAUUUUUGCUAGUUGAGGCAUUGGUUACCAUGGUAAUUUCUGCUAUGUUGUGAAUUAGUUAUCAGUAACCAUGGUAAUCUCAAUUAGAUGAUGUAUUGGUUGCCAUGGUAAUUUCUGCUAGUCACCAUGGUAAUCUCUGCUAGAUGAUGCGUUCGUUGCCAUGGUAAUCUCUGAAAGGGUAAGCAUUAAUGCACUAAUUGCCAUGGCAACCACUACUGAGUUAAUACCUUGGGAUGAGUUAGCUGAUGUAACUGAUGCACAUGUUACCAUAGUAAUAACCACUGGAUAAUGUGCAGGUUAUCAAUGCUAGGCAAUGCACAAGUUCCCGUGGUAGAGUUGCUAUGGUAAUGACAACAGGGCAAAACGCUAGUUACCAUGGUAUUCAAUCCAGAAAUGCAUUAUCCAUCAAAUUAAUCACUAUAAACACACACGUUACCAUGGAAGUUAAUGCUGCACACCAGAAGUCACCACUGUUUUCAGUGCUAGGCGAUGCAGGAGUUACCAUGGUAACCAUGUCUGACUGACAGGGCUGGGGUUGCACUGCGCCCUCACACUGUAACUAAUGUAUAAAGGUUCACAAAUCAAUGUUUAACAGUUACACACAUAACAAAACAUGUAAUCAGUAGCGUGGUUUAUUUAGCACUUCAGUUCUGUUGCUCUGCAAAACUGAUCACACGUACAGACUGUAUUAUAUCUACACAGUAACACACACCAUAACAAAAUAAUAAAAAAAUAACCCUCCUCACUGGAGGACCUGAACCCCCGCUGAGCACUUGUAACUAAGCACUUGUAACUUUAUGUACAAUCCACUUUAUUACGAUCAUAUCAAAAUAAAAGUGAAAAUACCCAGAUAGCAGAUGAUUCCCGACCAAAUAAUGCUGAGAUUGGAACAAAUAACAGUUACGCAAACUCAAGAUGGCAGUAAACAACGUCCGAGCAGCAAGUAUUCCUCUGACACGGUGGUUUUCUUUAUUAAAACCAUGCAGAAAGUGGACUGGCUGCUCUAAAUUGUCCCUAAUUGUGAGUAAGUGAAUGUGUAAACGUGUGUUGCCAUUAUACUGGAGCCCUGAAUGAAUGUACACUCACUAUAUGACCAAAAGUAUGUGGACACCUGACCAUGCACUCAUUGGACAUCCUAAUUCAAAGCAUUAAGCAUUAGCCCGUGUUGAGAGAGCCUUUUCUAAACUGUGGCCAUAAAGUUAAAUCAUUUUAUUUAUUUAUUUUAUAUGAAAGAGUUUAUAUACUGGUUAGUAGUGGGUGUGGCUGAAACACUUAAACUCAAUAAUCAGGAUGUCUACAUACUUUUGGCUGUGUAUAACGUAUCAGUAAGUCAUUUUUGAUGAGUUUAUGGUUUGGGGAUUAGCAUCACUAUCUGGGUAUCGACAGUAACAUAAGCUAAUAUGUACAGCAUCAACGUGUUUCUAGCUCUGAACGUUUGUGUUGACUAGUUAUUUAUUCUUAUUAAACACAGCGCUUUGUUCCUUGUUCAGUAUUUUAUGCUUUUUAUGCUUUUUAGUGAGAAGAAACUAGUUUAGAGUUGGAUGAGAGUAUUUUGUUGAACACGAUUGCAA